GCCAAUAAUACAUCGCAAUACGCGCCGCAUCAACAACCAUCGUUGGACUAUGAUCCGCCACUGAAUGGAGCUCAAUUGGAGCAUCAACAUCUUGUCCCUAAGUCUGCCAGCGAAUGUAUUACCAAACAACGAAUUGGCGGAAACUUUAUUAGCGACGAAGAGUGGAAACGGACGAAACGUAACAAAUUCGUUUGACAAAGAAAGCGAAAGGAAGAAAUAGCAGCGGAAAGAAAAUCUGCUGGAAAUAGGCGGAACGUAAACGAAGCUAUCUAAAGUAAAGCAUUGAAGACACGUAGAAAACAGACUCGAACCGAGAGGACGAGAAGUAAUAAGCACACCGGUGGCAACAACGAUAAGCAGCAUGAAGCAAGUUCGCCGUGACAAAAUGAGAAACUACAGCGUGGUUGGUGAAGAAGCAGAAGCAUAGAAAGGUAACGAGGCCCGUGGUGGUGGAGAAAAUCGUAGAAGAAAAGCGGCGCGUUGGAAGGAAAGCGGCGCCGCGCCGGUGUAAACUCUCGACGGGAGUAUAAACCGGGAGCGCGCGAAGCUCGGACGAAGAUAGCCAAACGUUCGUUUAACGGGGUCGAUAGAGACGAUGGAAACCAGUUCGAAUGUCGAAGGAAGGAAGGGUAGAGACCGCGAAACCCGAAGAGAGACGGAGCGAGUGGCGCACGGUAAAGCCAUAGGGAGGGAACGAGAAAGAAAAGGAUAGAGGGAGAGAGGGAGUUCCUAACGUGGCGUUAGCGAGUGAAGCAGUGGGGUGGCCAGAGUGGGUGACGGGUUAGGUCGGGUGGGUGGCAGAGGUAGCUACCCAGUGGGUAGUAGUAGGUGCGCACCCUACGCGGAUACCAGGUGAGUGGGGCAGAGAGAGCAACCAACCCCCGGGACAAAACGCGAAAAACCACUUGUGCGUCUCCAUCCUGACGAUCGGUGGCGUCCUACGAUAUCGCUCCACUCCUCCCGUUUAUCUAUCGUCCUUCGGUCGUUUGGUUGCUCGCGGUUCGGUCAGUCGGUUGGAGGUUGUCGUUUCGACGUCCACCACUGUCACUCGGGUCUAGCGUUCAAAGGCGAUCCUUCGCCCGCGUCCAGUUGGAAUUCGAUCGCGAACCGCGGUAGUGCGACUAACUCGAGGGUUUGGUUCGUCCGCACGAGCAGUAUCCGUCCUCUGAAUUCGGAUCGAGCAGUGGGAAGAUCGGCGAACGAAAUCGUGGAACUCGAUUCACGGCGUCUCGAGGGGUGAAACUGUCGAUAUACGGGAGAGAGGAGACCCAGGCAGCGUGCGAUGCGAGGAGCAGCCUUCAUCGAUCCAGCUUGAACCGGGGAUAAUACCGUCGAGCCUCCACCAACGAUCGCGUGAUCAGUCAACAAAGAAAAGCCAUUGAUCUCUACGGACAAAGUGACAAACAGUCGAUCGUGGAGAAGCCAUCGUGAAAGAAGGAGCGGAGAGGAUCGGCGAGUUAUCGCGUGGACACGGUGUUACAGCAUCGAGCGCGAGAAUAGCAACUGUCGUGGCGAUAAAUCGGCACAAGUGCGGGGUUGGAUGUUAUCGAGGUUGGUGUCGCGCGGGUGAAAAGCGAGGAACCGGUGAACGGAAGAGGACUCGAUAAGCGAAUCGGAGUAGGGGACUAUGAGCAACUCCGGAGCUAUUCCUCUGAUCUUGGUGAAGAAGGAGCAGCUCGUCGAAGGUGAUGGCGGCGGCACCGGCGGAGAUGGCGACUCCAUGGUGGGCGGCGGUAAUUCCGAGAAGAAGACGGAAUACGAGACGAAUCUCUUCCUCUAUAGCGAAGAGAUGGAAGUCCGCCCUCGAAUCUCUACGCUGCUCACCCGCCUGUCGGAUUACAGCAACACGAUUCCAGCUGCAACCGAUCCGGAUGCCAAACCUUCGCCUGUUCAAAGUGGAGCACGAAUGGGUACCUUGAUCGGUGUCUUUCUGCCCUGCAUCCAAAAUAUCUUCGGUGUUAUUCUCUUCAUUCGUUUGACUUGGGUCGUUGGGACGGCUGGCGCCAUUCAAGGUUUUUUCAUCGUACUAUGUUGUUGCUGUGUGACAAUGCUGACGGCCAUCAGUAUGAGUGCCAUCGCAACCAAUGGUGUGGUACCAGCCGGAGGCUCCUACUUCAUGAUAUCCAGAAGUUUAGGGCCAGAAUUUGGUGGUGCUGUGGGAAUGCUCUUCUACACGGGUACCACCUUGGCUGCUGCCAUGUACAUUAUCGGCGCUGUUGAAAUUGUCUUGACUUACAUGGCGCCGUCGCUCAGUAUAUUCGGUGACUUCACUAAAGACCCAAGCAUCAUGUAUAACAACUUUCGAGUAUACGGGACGUGUCUACUUAUGGUAAUGGGCACCAUCGUGUUCAUCGGCGUCAAGUUCGUCAACAAGUUCGCCACAGUCGCCCUAGCCUGCGUUAUCCUCUCCAUCGUGGCCGUCUAUGUCGGCUUAUUCUACAACAUCUACGGCAACGAGUCCCUCAAGAUGUGUAUUCUUGGCAAGAGGUUGUUAAAGGAUAUCAAUGUACUGACCGACUGCAAUAAAAACGUCAGCGGAGUUCUUCAUCAAAUUUACUGUGGAAACAGCACUACCAAGUGUGAUCCUUACUAUGUGGAAAAUAAUGUGACUAUCGUGAAUGGGAUUCGCGGACUGGCCAGUGGUGUAUUCUUAGAGAACAUAUGGAACAGUUUCCAAGACGAAGGCCAACUAAUCGCCUAUGGAAAAGAUCCCAAGGACAUGGACCAAAUGGCUACGUCUUCGUACAACCAGAUCCAGGUCGAUCUCACCACUACCUUUACCAUUCUCAUCGGUAUUUUCUUCCCUUCGGUCACAGGAAUCAUGGCUGGCUCCAACAGAUCGGGUGACCUCGCAGACGCUCAGAAAUCUAUUCCCAUCGGCACUAUUUGCGCCAUUUUGACAACCUCGACAGUGUACCUGUCCAGUGUCUUGCUCUUCGCCGGUACAGUGGAUAAUCUUCUACUUCGAGACAAGUUUGGUCAAAGUAUCGGUGGCAAACUGGUGGUAGCGAACAUGGCCUGGCCCAAUCAGUGGGUAAUCUUGAUCGGCUCCUUCUUAUCCACCCUCGGUGCUGGUCUCCAAUCUUUAACAGGUGCUCCGCGAUUGCUUCAAGCCAUCGCCAAGGACAGUAUCAUUCCUUUCUUGACUCCCUUCGCCACCAGCUCGAGUCGCGGCGAACCUACGAGAGCUCUGCUAUUGACGGUCAUCAUCUGUCAGUGUGGCAUUCUCCUUGGCAAUGUCGACUACUUGGCUCCCUUGCUAUCCAUGUUCUUCCUAAUGUGUUACGGCUUCGUGAAUCUGGCCUGCGCCCUACAGACUCUUCUCAGAACACCGAACUGGAGACCAAGAUUUAAAUACUACCACUGGAGUCUUUCAUUCCUCGGUCUGUCCCUCUGUAUCGCCAUCAUGUUCAUGACCAGCUGGUAUUAUGCUCUAUUGGCCAUGGGAAUGGCUGGGUGCAUUUACAAAUACAUCGAAUACUGUGGCGCUGAAAAGGAAUGGGGUGACGGGAUCCGUGGUCUGGCUCUAUCCGCCGCUCGUUAUUCUCUUUUAAGAUUAGAAGAAGGACCACCUCACACGAAGAACUGGCGGCCACAGAUUCUCAUCUUGGCCAAACUGACGGACGAUCUGGUGCCCAAGUAUCGCAAGUUAUUCGCGUUUGCCAGUCAGCUGAAGGCUGGUAAAGGUCUCACGAUCUGCGUCAGCUGCAUUGGCGGAGAUUACAUUCAAAACACUGGCAGGAUUUUGGCUGCAAAGGUGAAUCUGCGCAAAACGAUGGGAGAGGAGAAGGUGAAAGGAUUCGUAGACGUAUUGGUUGUCAGGGACGUCGUCGAUGGACUUAGUUCUUUGAUCCAAACGACUGGAUUGGGUGGAAUGAAGCCUAAUACCGUGAUUCUUGGCUGGCCCUAUCGCUGGAAGCAGUCGCAGGAGGAAAGGAAUUGGAGGGGAUUCUUGCAGACCGUCAGGGCAGUCGCGGCAGCCAGGAUGGCUCUUUUGGUGCCUAAAGGAAUUAACUUCUUCCCUGACUCGACGGAGAAAGUGGUGGGAAAUAUCGAUGUCUGGUGGAUCGUUCACGAUGGUGGUCUUUUGAUGUUGUUACCAUUCCUGCUGAAGCAACAUCGCACAUGGAAGAAUUGCAAAAUGAGGAUUUUCACCGUAGCACAAAUGGAGGAUAAUUCUAUCCAGAUGAAGAAAGACUUGAAGAAGUUCCUAUACGACUUGAGGAUCGAAGCUGAGGUGGAGAUCGUUGAAAUGAUGGAUUCCGACAUAUCCGCGUACACGUAUGAGCGAACCUUGAUGAUGGAGCAGAGGAACCAGAUGCUGCGGGAGUUGCGGCUGAACAAGAAGGAGUCCCUAGGAGUGGUGCAGACAUUGGUGGACUUCAACGAGGUACCCGCUGAAGAAAAUUUACCUCUGGUACAGGCGAUCGUGGACCAUCACCACAAUGUUGACGUGAAGAUUGCCACCAAGGUGAGAUUCCAGGAGCCUGGAAGCCAAAAUCCAAACGCGGUGGACGAGGCGCAGGAGAAACUGGUGGAAGAGACGGAGGCGAGUAAAGAGGGAGAGCCAGGAGAAGUUAACGAAGCCGGAGAUGAAGCCAAGGAGGUUAACGAAGAGGAAGCGAAAUUAAUUGGUGGAUCGCCGAAACAGGAGAACAAGGAUAACACGGAAAAUACGGAGAAAGAAGCGAAAGAAAACGAGGAGAAGAAAACUGAUAGCCCGGAGUCUAAGAAACCUGCAAUUACACCGGACGAGGGCAACGUAAGACGUAUGCACACUUCCAUCAAACUGAACGAGGUGAUCGUAAAGAAGAGCAAAAACGCUCAGUUAGUCAUCCUGAAUCUUCCUGGACCACCAAGGGACACCUCAGUGGAACGUGAAUCAAACUACAUGGAAUUCCUAGAGGUUCUUACCGAAGGCCUGGAGAGGGUGCUGAUGGUGCGUGGUGGCGGACGAGAGGUGAUCACCAUCUACUCGUGAACUAGACCGGCUGCAAUCGAAGUAAUCGCCUCGCGACAGCGGAAAUCUAGUUUACUUCUGAAAGACCUAAACGACUUCACCCUACGGAACACGUUGCUCUUGUGCCAUUGUCUGAGCAGUUACUUGCGUUGCGCGUUGUGAACACACAUUCGUACACACACACACACACACAGUAAUAACCCGGCUAAUCGGAUGAAAAGUACUGGAUACAGAUCAACGACGCUGUUUCCGCGGAUACUAAACCGGACACCAACGUACCCGCUUCGAGAACGUUAGUCAUUAUACGGUAAAGAAAAGAAAAGAAACUGACCCUCGACGAGAAGGCCAAAAGUGACAUGCCAAAGGAUAAGAUAAUUUCCUUCGAAUGAAUUUCACGCGUAAACUAGGAAACGUAGGAUCUAUCUUAUUUUACACUCGUUCCUUUUCUCGAUGAGGCUAGAGACUUUAAAAUACAAAAAGUGGUUUUUAUCCGUGUCACACGUGUUACACGUGCGACCACACAACAGACAGUUAGCACAGAGGGCUGCACAUAGAGCAUACUUCGACCUUGUCAUUAUACAAUCGGAUUCUCAAAACAGUGUUUCAGAGAGGAAAGAUAGAAAAACAAAGCGGAGCGUAUUUUUACGUCGCUAAGACAACGUUUCGAUCUUUAAUCGACGGAAACCAAGGAAAUCGAAAGGGAAAUACGGAAGGUCGAAUCAAAGAAGAGACCGAUACGUCUCGAGAAUAAAGAAACAAAAGUAUAAUUCACUACGAUACGACUCCGACGAUUAUAUUCCCAUUUGAAACUGAAAUCAAAAUUUUUGGUCCGAGGCUAAGAUCGAAGCAUCUACGAAAACCACUGCCAGAAUACUUUCUAAAUGCUUCGCGUUUAACCAAAGACGCGAGAGGCUCAUUUUUCUACACGCAUUGUCGUUAUAGAGAGUAUAAUAGGUAUGUAUAAUUCUACUGCUUAUAGAUGAAUUUAGGGUAGCCUAGGAUAGCGCGGUGAAGUACGCUGACGAGCAGUGGCGCCUGCGUUUGCGCGAAUAUCCGCGCGCAUUUUGCGCCUACGUGGCGAAAGUUAGGACGAACGUUGCCAGCGUUGAACGAUUUUAUGCGGACGCAGAACUGAAAAUGUAUCUGUGACACAGGGAAUGUGGCAAGUCCAUAUCUUAAUUCAUGAAAUAAAUAUUAUUGAAAUUAACCACACUAUUGCCAAAGUAGUAGAAAUCUUUUGACGUAUAAAGAAAAGUACGUCACUGCCAGAGAAAAAAAAGAAUAUUCUCCAAACUGUUAUUUAAGAUUGUGUACAAGGAUCAAUGGUAACGAGAUCGAUGCAGAAAAAGAAGUUCGGACUUUCGGUGUGUUAGAAACAAAGUAUAUUGCUAAGGUAUUCUUGAAAUUACUAAUUUAUAUCACUUAACAUCGAUACGACGUCAGGAUUCUAAUAGCAAUACGAGUUCACAGUUUACUUAAAAUUACGAAUCCGUAUUACCACAUCGCUAUGAAACAUAGAUCUACUUACGAUUAAAAAAUUCUAACGCUGAAUGUCCUAAGGAAAGUAUAUAUAUACUUAUAUAUAUAUACAUUAUAUAUAUCUAUAUAUAAUAUAUAUAUAUAUCGCGAAAUCUUUUUCGAGUUACUAAUUCGCAUUCUUCGUAUCGAUAUUAACACGAGGAAUUAGCAAUAGUAGAACUAUCCAUAGAGUUGAAGUUUCUUAAUGUACUACAAAAAAAAAAAAUAUAUAUAUAUAUAUACCGCGAAAGUCUUAAAACAUACUAAUCUAUCAUAGAUGAUCGAUGUAACAUCAGUGAUUGAUCGAUAGCACUAGAAUCCAAACUUUAAAUGAUAAAACGGAUCUAUUAAAUGCAUCGGUAAACCUAAAACGUUAGCAAUAAAUUGCUAGCACAAGUACGCACAGAGUAUCAAUGUGAAGAAGAAAAUCUCUCUUUUCAUUCAUCGUUUUAUAUAUAGUACAUAUAUAUACAUAUAUAUGGAUGUAUAUAUAUAUAUGUAUAUAUAUGUAUAUAUUUCACUAUACUAAAUCUGAAAACUGUUCGGCGAUUCGACAUUGCGUCCCCAUAAAAGUUCAAACCGUAGCGUUUACUUCCAACUAGCGCCGCGAACGACAAACGGAGGAAACACGGCGAGUAUUCACGCAUCUCCUACCUACAGGACUGAAAUUCGUUCUUUCCAUUGUACUUCUCGACCUCUUGCGCGUUGAAAUCUUCGUCUAGGUUCACGUUUACACUGUCCAAGGCCUACCGGUUCGAUUCACGGCUCUAGUACGUCUAUGUAAGUAAGUAAAGGGAGUGCAUUCGUGCGUACGCGUCUUACGCGUGUAACCAUCACGGUGAUAACCUUAAAAAGAAGAACGCGUUCACGGUAUCGCCUGCAUAGAGUCACAGAAUGAACGAACGGUGAAUGCCAAAAAUAAAUGAGUCACAUUUUUCGCGAGCAUCUUUAACCGACUUUCAUCAAAGGAUAGCGUGUAGCGUUGUAAUCUAUCGCAUUUAAGUGUCGUGUGCAUGUCACAUUUCAUACGCGGCGCGAAAUUCUGCCGUAUCUCAUUUUUAGAUAGGCACUAUCUAUGUAUAUGUAUAUAUAUACAUAUAUAUAUAUAUAUACACAUGAAUAUAAAUAUACUUAUAUGUACAUGACGUAUAGUUUAUCUACAAAAUAAAAGAAAGAAAAAGUUGACGAACAAAAAUCUUUUAAAAAAGAGUGAAGUAAUCAUGUUAGAGUGUGCAACUUUUACUAUGCUCGUCAAUACACACUAUGUCUACUUAAUUGAAAGCCGCAGACGAAUCGCGGUUCCGGAUGAUGUUUAUCGAAACAAGAGAGUCGAGCACUUGACGAACCUUCAUAAUCACUUACAGUCGGCUAGGACACAAUGCAUGGAAGUUAUACGGUUCUUUUCUUCGUUCGUUACGUUUGACGCUGUACAAGUAUUUUAAAGAAUGAAUUGACGAUUUUCGUAUUCAUGUAAUCGAAUAAUGAGGAAUAUGAUAGCGUCCUACGAGUUUUUAUUUCAUUAAUGUGAACGACAUACGUAAUCUCACUGGUUGAAUGUUGCAGCCUACUGCAUCGAUCUGAUAAUCCAUAAAAUCGUAUUCACCAGCGAAUGAAUUUAUUGUUAGAAUGGGACCGAAAUGACCGAGAUUUUUUUUAUUGUCCAUUCUUAAGCCUGAACUAGUUUUCGAAACAUUUUGUGUACAGACUCAAAUAUAAAUUCGUCGAAAGAAACAUAAAGAUUAAAAAAAAAAAAAUGGAACAAACGAAAUUACCAGGCCUAUAUCUAAUGUGUAAAAGAUUUAGAGAACCGAAUUAGAUACGUUAAUUGUACGAGAGCGUCACGUAUAAAAAUGAAAUACGUUUCUUUAUCUACCUCAUCGUCAACAUACGUUAAAUCAAGCGAGACAGAAAAGAAGAAGCAGUUCCAAGAACCAAUAGGACUGUUUCCAAUUGCAAUGAAGAAAAGAAAGAAAAAGUGGAUAGUCCAUAGCCGAUGGACGAGAAAAGACGGCGAAGGUUCGUGAAACGCUCCCUCUGUCUCUAUGUAUCGUCCACGAUGUUGCGACAUGUACUUUCUAAUUUUAAUACGUUACUCACUUGUCGAUUACCAUAUAUUUUAUGUGUACUUGCCUAUCUGAUAGGCAUCGGCACUGCAUAGUUUAUACGAGACGUGUUGACUAUGAGAAAAGUUUAUCGCGAGAGUAGAGAAUGGAAGUCAAAGAAAGAUAAUAAAAGUGAAAGAGAAGGAGAAUUAUAAGAAAGAAAAAGGGAGAUAAACGGUAAACGUGUUGUACAUAAAUAGGGGUAGACUUAAGGAAAAAGAGAAAGCGAAAAGUGAAAAAGUGAUUGGUAUGGAUCUAAGAGACAUGGUUCAAAUAGAAAUAGAAAGAAAACAAGAGAGAAGAGAAACAUCUUUUUCAUAGAUCAAACAGUAUUGCAGUGUAUUCUGCUGUCGCUUUAAUAUUUUACUAUGUUGUAUUUACUGGAAAAUGCACAAUUGACCAUAUGGACACGGACAUACAUAUGUACACGUUACGUAAGCAUAAGAAGAGAAAGAAAAUAUUAAGGAAGGAAGAAUAUAUAUAUUAUAUAUAUGGAAAAGAAGUAUAUGGAUAUAUAUAUAAACCUGCGAGCUUGGCAUUUGUCGGAGAUUUAUCGUGUGUCGUUGUAGCGAUGCGGUUCGUUGUGAACGGGCCCCGCGUCUGGUUUAAAUCACCUCUAGGCUGUGAGAUGCGAGCUAAGCAGCAGAGAAACUUGCUCGAGACCUCAAUCAUAUGUGUCAAAUCAAGCGUCAGAUACUAUAUACAUACGUAUAUACUUUUAAAUCUUAAUAUCUCGUUUAAAAAAAGAGGAAAAAAGAAAAAAAAUACACCGAAUCUAGCCCUCUUAAAAAAAUAAAAGAAACCAAAAUCUACUCUCGCUCGUGGCGACAUCACUUAGUUUUUUCUCCUCACAUACACAACAUACACAACAUACACACACAUGCGUAUACACAUACAUACACAAAUUUAGAGUUCGAGUUACAAGAAGCGAAAAAAACAAACAUUAAGGAAAAGAGAAAAAAAAUGUAUACAAGCGUAAGAGAGGAACUGCGUGCUUCCGGUACACGAAGCGGAAGUUACACGUUAGCCGUUGAAGAGCAAAUGACAAAGGAAAGAGAAAAUAUGGAAGAGGGAAAGAGAGUGCGAGAUGGUGCAUUAUAAAAUGAAUAUAUGUAUAUAUAGAUAUGCACAUAUACAGAUUCUAUACAUAUGUGUAUAUAUGUAUAUAUGUAUAUAGGAAAGAAAUAUAAGAUAUAUUUGUAGAUACGAACACUUUAGCCAUCUGAUUAGCAUAUGUAAUAGAGUCAAUACUGUGAAAAAAAAUACCUAUAACUUUACCCCCUAUACCCUUUUAGAUUAUAGACGACGAUGAGUACUUGUAAUUAACUUAUGGAAGAUGAAAUAUAAUGAAUGAAGAAACUAUAUCUGCGAUCAGAUCGAUUCAAUAAAUAAACGACAUACACCUA